GACACAUAUUUCCCUCUAAAUUUGGGUUUCUGGACCAUUGUGCAGUAGUACUUGAAGGUCACUUAUGAACAAUAAAAUAAAUUAAAAUGUGUCUUUUUUUUUAAUUAAAAAGUAAAAGGGUUAGUACUUAUGUCCACAAAAGCAGGCUUUACGCAGGAAUGCGACAUGGAACAGCGAGAUAUAAUUGGUUGAUACUGCUAUGCCUUUGCUGAUUACCAAUGGGAAAUAAAAUUUUUCAUUUUUUGUACAUUCGUAUGACAUACAGAAUAGAAAGUCAUCCCAAUAUCAGCGAUUGAUUUUUUUCCUCUUGACGGAAUGAGCGCUUGAUUUUCGCUUAUUUUUUUGUAAUAAGCUAGGAAGCAACCGAAAUCAAGCGAAGAGGAAGGAAGCUUGUAACUGGUUGACGAGUUAAAGUUUUGUAAUGAUAUUCCAAUCAUUGCAUGAAAUCAGUAAUUGAUGUUCACACCUUCUUUUCUAUAGUAAACCAGCAUGCAGCCGAAAGCUCAUGAUUGGUUGAAAGCUGCGAAACUAAACUGUAAAUAUUUUUCUUUAUUAUUUAUUUACUCGUCAUUCCGUCAUAACGACAUUUUCUGAUUAACACUGGGUUAUUGGCUGCCGCUCUCCAAUCCCUGGGACACCGUAUACUCCCUGCCAGAUCUUGCUUCACCUGGUCUACCCAUUUUGUAACAAUCUUGCCUGCUACGCCCCUGGUCGUCUUCUUCCAACCGGAUUCGAGGCAAACACCAUUUCAGCUUGGUAGUGGUCCGGCAUUCCUGCAACAUGCCCUGCCCAGCGUAUCCGCUUUAGCCAUCUUUUGAAUAUUGAAUUCGCCGUAGAGUUGCGCGAGCACAUGCUUUAACCUUCACCUCCAUACCCCGUUCUCCUGCACGCCGCCAAAGAUUGUCUUUAGUACCCUUCGUUCGAAAACUCCGAGCACUUGCAGGUCCUCCUCGAGCAUUGUCCACGUUUCCCGUAGCCCGUAGAGAACAACCGGUCUAAUGAGCUUUUGCACAGGUUAUUCUUCGUACGCAGUCUUAGUCUGUUCGGCUUCAAUUGCUUAUGGAGGCCAUAGUAGGCACAACUUCCGCUGAUAAUACGCCUCCGGAUCUCACGGUUGGUAUCAUUGUUCUCAGUUGCCUGUGAGCCAAGAGAGACAAACUCGUCGACUAUCUCGAACUCAUCGCCGUCGAUUGUUAUCGACAAUGUUGAAGCAAUGUUGAAAAGCGGGCAGGAGAGACCAUCACCCUGCGGAAGCCCCCUGCGGGAUUCAAAUGGACCCGACAUUCCACCCGAAAUCCGCACACAGCACUGCGUCCCAUCCACCGUAGCCUUUUUCAGUCUUAUCAGCUUCCCCGGAAAGCAGUUUUCGUCCAUGACCUUCCAUAGCUCUUUUCGGUCGAUAAUGUCAUAUGCGGCUUUGCAGUCGAUGAAUACUGGUUGGUUGUUGACCGGCCUUCUACGAAGCUAUCAGGCCGGAUAGCUUCCCACGAAUCUGUUGGUCUGUUGGGAAAGCACUUUAUAAGCGGUAUUCAGGACGGUGAUCGCACGAUAGUUCCCACAUUCCAAUUCUCAUUCCCACAUUCCAAAAGGAUAGGGCAGAUAACUCUAUUUUUCCAACGGUGCAAACUAGUGGCCAGCUUUUCCGGAAUCCUACCAUCUCAAUUCUUUAAAUUUCGGUUCGCGACACAAAUCCUCCUUCCCUAAGUGGCGCUUUUUCUCUCGGAAGAUUAGGGUUCGCUGCAUCUUCUUCUGUCUCUCUUUUCAUAUUCUUAGAGGUGGUACUGCUCAUCAAAGCCACCCGCGCAGCCUUAUUUUCAUCCAUCACCCUCCUACAUUUGUCGUCGAACCACUCGUUUCGUUGGGUUCCCCGAUGGUUGCCCGAUGACGUUCUCCAGUACGCUGUUGAUGGUGCUACGACAGUCCCCGAGAGGAGCUUCCUCCAGCUGAUCCUCUUCAGACAGCGCAGCUUCGAGCGAAUGCGCGUAGUUUUUGGCGUCGUUCGGCUACUUCAGCCGCACGAGGUCUAAACGAAGAGUUUUGGGCGCACCUUAACUAUUACCAGGUAGUGCCCAGAGUCGAAGUUAGUUGCUUUUAUUGGAUCAGACAUCGAUGAUAUUUGAAAACCGCCGGCAAUCAAUCGGAACAUGGUUAAUCUGUAUUCUUGUCUGAUUUGGCGAUCUCCUGUACUUGUGCUGGAAGCAAGUGCUACGCACGGCCAUGUUCGAUAAGCGUUGGGGGAGCGAUCUUGAUGUCAUGUUUUGGGCAGUGGUCGUACUCACGCACCAACUGCGCGUAGAAUUCAUCAUUGUCGUCGUCGGUACUUCAGAGGUGAUCAAACCUGCACAUUCGAAGGCUGAUUGGUCACCACCCAAUCACUAUAAAAGCUGUCCCCAGCUCAUUGUGUUGCCGCAGCUUUGGUAGAUGGCAUGACCAUCCUGGAACGUACGUACCAUUGAUUGAGCCCUUCCAGCAGACCUCCUGCAGUGCUACGACGUCGGGCUGUCCGGAUUUCAACACUUUGGAGAGCAUUCGUGUGCUCCCCUGGAAAUUAAAAGAUCGGCAGUUCAACGUUCCGAGUUUUCAAUCGUUAGUUCGUAUUUGUCGCGUGGGUCUGUGUUGAUUCUUCCAGUCCGAUUUAUUUUUGUACAUCGUUCAUUACACAUUACUUGUGAGUAUUUCACGAUAACGGCUUGUAAGGUCUGGGCACCAACCCCCUGUCUCGCAGGAGGGCUAUCAUACACAACACUGUUCAGAGUCCCACGUUGACACGAGGAUGGUCAUCGACCCCCCUGACUUGGAGUACAGACGCCAUUUUGAGCCGCUCCGGACAGACGCCAUCUUAUGGUAAAUCCUGGAAAGAGUUCCCCAUAACUUACUUGAGGAUCGCAGUACGAACGGCUUUGAUACUUACUCCACAGACAAACAGACGUGCCUCUUCGAAGAAAAGUCCUGAAAAAUAUUCGUCCUUAUUCGAAACGUUACACUCAUGCGCCACCAUUUGAGCUUAUUGCCUAAAAACUGAUUUUCGUAAAAUGGUUUUUGUCUUUGAUAACGAUUGUGCAUUCUUGCUUAUAGUGACAAUUAGCGGCAUAACUGCCUACUAAGCAAAAUUUCAAAAUAAUCGUUAUUUUUCUGGUCGAAGAAAUCGUCAUCGAGUGGCACGUCUGUUUGUCUGUGCUUAUUCCUUAAUCUUUCGCCAUCUUUCUCGGCGACAGUCCUGCCAUAGUAGACCAUUUGUGCACGAUUUUUUUACAGCGGUCUGGCAAAAGUCUUUUGAAUUUUGAAACUAGACCGGAAAAAACACUGUGUUCACACGGAGUUGACUAAAUUGAUAGAAACAAACGUACACAGCCAAUUCGUAGACGCCAUUUGUACAGUGUGCUCAUACUUUCUGUUGCGAUCUAUAGCAGUAAUUACCCUACCACAAGACUUCAUUCGAAUACCAAGAAAUCGGAUCAAUUUCCAUAGCAUAGGUCUGGUCUUGCAGGAACGCAACAUCAUUUUGCAAUACUAUAAAUGGUAGCAAGCAACAUUUAACAAGGUGUGAAGAAGCAUCCUUUUCUGGUGCAGUCAGGACGACUCGGAGAUACACACGCGUCUAUUUUACACGAGUAAAAGUUUUUUUAGGAGUUUUUUUUAUUGAAAAAUUGAAAUUGAAAACAAUACCUUAAAAUCUGAAAAUUGAUUUUAGAGCAUAAUUAAUUUCAAACAAUUAGUUUAUAGAUAUCAGAGGCUCAAAGACCAGAUUGAAAUGCACUAAAUCGAUCAAAAUUAUGUCGAACAAAAUAUUAUUCAAACUUUAAGAUACUAGAAGACAAAGAAAGGCUGGAAGAAAAAAAAACAAUCCAAGCUUUAAUGGAUUCCCGAUCAGAAGGGCAAAACAAAAUUGUAACAGAAGCUGUUAGUGUGUUAUGAGAAAAACCUUUCAGGUUGUGUUUUCGAUUUGAUCCCGUUAGGUGUUAAAAUAACAGAAAUUGUAACAAAAAUGAUUCCACUAGUAUCAAAUCCAUAUCUAGCUUUGUUACUAACGUAUCUGCUUUCUAAUAAAAUAAGAUAGCAUAUAGAACAGUAUAAUAACAACCAUUGUUGGAAAUAACAGGUUUUGAUAGAGAUUAAAAAUCUGUUAAACUUGUUUCAGAACAACUUCAUUUCAGAAUUUGUUAUCAUAACUCAUUCACAUUCAAUUUAGUUAUCAAAAGCAUAUGGGAAAAUACAAAAUCGUAUCAAAAUUUGUUAUUUGUAUCUCGUGUUGAUAGAGUUUUGUAAUUUUUCAGUUAUGCUCUUUCGAUCGGGUUUUGUCGAUUCUGGCUGAUUGACGAUAAACGUUUUUAGGAAACUUAUUAGAAUGAAGUGACAGUUGAGUAGAUCAUUUUUAAAUUUAGAAGGUUGCCCGUAGAAUGAGUAAAAUAUGUAAAUUUAAAAAUUUAUCAAAAUUAAAAUGUCUUAUUUUCUGUUUUAGAAAAUACAAAUUAAGUGCUAAUAAUACUUCGACCUAAUCAAAAAAUGUUUGUCAGAUUUGAGAGGAAAAAGAAUAUUUAUUGUAAAACUGUAUUAUUGAACCAAACAAGUGUUUUUGAGUAUUGACAUUUUGUUCUAUAAUAAUUAUCCUUUAAUAUUCCAUUCAUUUGAGCUGAGCACGUGAUACAUUCAUGAAUGAGGAUGGAUUUUGGACUUGACGCGAAUGUCCAAUUUUUGUUUAUAAUUCCAAACCUGCAGCAACAAUAACAAUGUGUAUGAUAGUGACAUAAGCGCAGGUUUUUCCUGGCAGAUAUGUUUUUCCUCUCAUGGACAUCAUUGACUUCAUUCGUCAUUAAAGAUUAAGCAUCGCACAGCACAGCACAGCCCGACAUCGGAAUCGCAGUAAUUUCGUCAAGCUGCUUGCUCUUUUGGUUCUUUUCUAUGUGAUCAUUACCGGUCUCAUGGGUGUGUGGGUACGUAAAACGAUCGCCGGUCAAAACAGGGGGAUGUCACACUCUCUUCGGCGUGAAUUCGAUUGGGGACCGAAAUCCACUGUUGGUGAGUUACAUUUCAUUGCAAUUUUUCAUAGGUAAUUAAAAUAAGUAAAGUUUGACAAUUUAACAUAAGAUGAAUAACAAACCGGUUUGAGUUGCCUUCAUUUUUGUUGUGUUUGUCCCGCCCCCAGCAACAAUCUCAUCGAAGUUCGGGACUAAUCAAAGAGCUCGACCACUCACAAAAAUAUUAUUCACGAUGGUAAAUGUUCUGAUAGGACCUGUGACGAUUCGUGAAGUUCCUGAUGUUGGGGACUUUUCCAAUGCUAAUGAUUUAAUGACGUAUGUCGGCUUGGUGGUAAUGUAUUGAUUAUAAUCAUAUUGAUUAGAAUUUUUUGGAUGGAAACAAAUCAUAAACUUAAGUUCAUGUCCAUACUACCACCGAGAGCGCAGAGAGAGCCUCGAAGCAUGCGUCAAACUGUAUAAGUAUGAAUUCCAAGAAGUGCGAGUUGUAAAUACAAUGUGUCAUGAACAGUAUCGGUUGCCUGUUCUACUUGGAGGUAGAAAUCAGUUAUCAAUAGUUCGUAACGUUGACUGGACCAAGAGUCCAAGUCACUCGAAUCAUGCGCAACUGUGUGGGACUGAUUGUAUCAAGCCUCCUGCUGCUAACUCUGUUCUCGGAAGCAUUAGCUCAAGGUCCAGGUAAAAAUCAACCCUGCAUCAAUCUGAGAGUGCCAGCCCUUUGUGAAGACCCUUAUUACAAAAAUCACAGGAAGGUUGUAUGCAAAGCCACAACCGCAAGGUUGAAGUAGAAUACUUUUACAAGAAAGAUAACCCGGCUGCUUGCGUGUCAGUCAUUUUUUCUAGUAAAUAAACGUUGACCGUUCAUUUGCAGUAUUGCAAUUUCUUUUUGUUUGAUAAUUUGAAUGAAGUUCAUUGAAUAUUUUUAAAUUUUGUGCAAAUGAGAAGUUGAAGUGCUGUGCGACAUCAUUAAACGGGAACGGAACAAAGGCUACGGUUAUGUAGAACGCGAAUGACGGCGCGAUGCGAUUCGCCUUACCGUGUAAAAUGUACAGCUCUUUUUUAGGCGAAGUAGAGCUAUACAUUUCAACACAUUUCGUCUUGCCGAAUCGCAUCGCGCCGUUAUUUGCGUUCUGCAUAACCGUAGCCAAACACUAAGCGACGCAAACACGUUAUAAUAGUCAGAGUAUGCAUGUAGAUGAAGAUAAUUAUAAUUAAUUUGGAUUAUAGCGCAAAACGAGAAAAUAUUAACUCUUCAAAUAUUAAUUUGUGUUCUUCAUAUUUCAGUUGUUCAAUUUUAUAUCCGAUGAAAUGUCUGUUUAUUAUCUGAUGAAGCUCUUAUAUAGGCCAAAUGAUGCAUUCCCAAUUUACUAGGUCCAUAACUCUGUCGACCGUGCUUGGGAAAGCGCGGUAUAACGACCAAUCAGAGGUCGAAUUUUGUGUUUUGACAAGGCUUAAGAAUUUUCAAUAGUACAAUAGUUCGAAUAAUAAAAUUGCAAUUUCAUGCAUUUGGUAAGAAUCUUAGAAGAUUUUCUAAUCGAUUGCUGCAAAAACGAAGGAAAUCCAUCGAAAACUAACCGAUUUAUUAGCAUUUGAAAUUGGACAUAUUUCUCACUUUUUUCAGUUUUAGAUUUUCAUUUCACAUCCCUAUGUAGCCGAACUUCCUGAGAGAAGUAUUCUACUUCAAAACGAUUACACCGGAGCAGAAACAGAAAUUCAAGAGCAUUACGUGCCAUUCUGUAACUGGCGAAAAUGUGGUAAGAAGCUUUAGAACGCAAAACUCAAUGUAGAACUGUAAGUAAGUAGGUAUUGCAAAUAACGAAAACUCGAAAAAAUUCAGGAACUGAUUAUUUGUGGGAUUAUAAACGAAGCCGUUAAAACCGGUUGUUGUAGCUGAGGUGUAAUCGAAGAUGAGUCCGCUUAGAAGAACAUCUUGUAAAAUCUUUAUAUAUAUUUUUUUACCCAUUAUUUUAUCUCUUUCAAUGUUAUUAAUAUUUGCAAGGAAAUGAAGUCCACGCUUUCGUUUCUUAACUAUCUUUGGUUAGUCUGUUGUAGCAAGUACAAAAACUUCGAUAUUAGAGCAAAUGGAGUAGAGAAUUAAUAAUCUGGCAUGUCUUAGUUGAAAUUCCUUCUCACGAAGAUGGUACAACCAGCAUUGUGAAAUAUUUUUGGAAAAAUGUUCAAGAAACAGCAUUUUUUCGGUGAUCUAACCAAAAAUGCGCUUCGAAAACUAAUAACUCUCGUUUCCAGACUCCGAACUGAACUCCACAUCGGACACUGUACCGUACCAAACCAAAAACGGACCGAAACCUGGACCUUAUUUGACACUUUGGGGUCAUCCCUGGAUAUGGCGUAAUGAAUUAGCAUUUACCGUCACAUAUUUCUAUGAAGCUUCUAUUUGACCGUUACAGUCAAACAAAAAAAAAACAACUUUCUUGACAGGUCUGUUGUGCUGGACUAAUCCGGACCGAAAACCGUGGCCCGGGAGGAGUGUCCUUACCGAGACCACCGCAUUGCGGACGGGAUGUUUCGGAUCGUAUCGUUGGCGGAAAUGAAACCGACUUGGAUGAAUUCCCUUGGAUGGCGCUUCUAAAGUAUCGUAAAGCGAACGGAGAAAUUUCGUUCCAUUGUGGGGGUUCAGUAAUCACUAACCGGUACAUCGUUAUUGCGGCGCACUGCAUUGAAUUAAUUGCAAGCUAUUGGCAGUUGGUGGGCGUUCGACUUGGUGAAUAUGAUCUUUCGAACGCCGGUCCGGAUUGUAAAGAAGGAGUAUGCGCUAACGUCCCAGUCGAUGUUGGCAUUGAAAAGAUUAUCGUUCACGACAGUUAUGCUAGCGGACUGACGGCCCAGUAUAACGACAUCGCGUUGAUCAGGACCGAUCGGAUUGUUACAUUUUCGAAAUUUAUUCAUCCAAUUUGCUUGCCGGUUGACGAACCAGAACGGUCGCUUAACAAUGUAGGAAAAGUAGCAACGGCUGCCGGGUGGGGACGAACAAAGACAGGAUUCAUGAGUAAUGUCAAGUUGAAAGUUGACUUAAAUAUUACGGAAACGACCAAGUGUUUAAACCUUUUCAGAAUGUACAAUGUCAAAUUACGCUACAAGCAAUUGUGCGCUGGUGGAAAAAGAGGCGAGGACACCUGUGCAGGUGAUUCUGGCGGUCCACUUAUGAGACUCAUCAAAUCAAACUAUUAUAUGUUUGGAAUAGUCAGUUUUGGACCCGAAGCUUGCGGAACUCAAGGUGUUCCCGGUGUUUAUACAAACGUGGUCCAGUAUCUUGAUUGGAUUGAGAGUAAACUAGAAUAAAACUACUCUGAAGGAUGCAGAAUAACCAAACAGCUUUAACCGUGCAGUGCUGACGUCAGUGAAGAUAUUAUAAUAAAUUAUCAAAAAGCUCAA